CGGCCGCGGGGCGAUGCCGGGGAGGCACCGGCGUGCUGCAGGGCGCCGCCGGCGGGUGCCUCAGCGCCGACGGGACGGCCGCCGCCGCCGUGGUUUGGCCCGGCCGGGCGACGGGGUCCUCCCGCGGUGCCCGGUCGAAGUUGGCCGCUGCGGCGGGAGCCCACCGGGGACCGGGGGGGACCCCUCCCGGGGGCGGGAAGCGCUCCGUGGGGCUCCUCCACCGGCGCCGCUUCCCCCCGCCCUGCCGGCCCGUCGGCUCCGGGGCCGAGGUGGCCGCCGUCCUGCACCCCAGCGUCGGAGGCCGCCGCCGGAAUGGCUCGCGGGGCGGGCGGAAUUUGCAGGCCGGGGCCUGCGGCGGCCGCCCCCAGCCCAGUGGAAACUGUUGUGCCCGCGGGGGCCUGCGCGGUCCCCAGCCUCAGCUGAGUGGGUAGAGGUGGGAGCCGAGGAACACCGGCCGUGGACGUGAGUACGAGUUCAUCUUUAAGGGAAGCAUUGCGCUCACAAGCAAUGUGGAGUUUUAAAUGAUUUACAUUUUGAUAUUGCAGAUCUUCUUCCCCAUUUAUACAGUGAUAUUUGGUAGAUGAAGUGAACCGCUUCGAAAGUGUAAUUUCUAUGUGAAAUGAUCUAGGGAAAGCUUUGAGACACGGAAAACCGUGUUUCGGAGAUCCGUCAUGUUGGAUUGGUCCUAGUGUUAUCCCACGCCAUCCUGAUUUGUACUACGAGUGACCCAGCAGUCUGGCUUCUUCCUCACUCCUGCUUCAGGUUUUCUCCUGUGUGGGAUGUCUGGUCGGCCCAGCAUUCAGAUCCCCUUAAUCAGCCAUAUUCUUCCUCUUUUGAGGGAAUCACCACAAGUCAUUACAAUCAUUCACCAUGUGUGCAUGAUCAGGAACAUCUCAGUACUUGGAACAUUCUUUGAGCUUCAGCGCCAAUGCAUUGAAUUCUGGUAACCAACAUGUGACUUCAGCAUUUGAAGACUGAAUGUGUGUUGAAAAGAAAAUCAGAAUGGUCUGGAGGAAUAAAUGAAAACAGACCCUUGCACUGUUUAGAAACAGGUCCCAAUUUACAAACCUAGCAGAAAUUAUGUUUACAGGAGGAAUCCAGACAGCGUUGUAUUAUAUCUUGAGUGCUCUACCAGUAGAGUCCUUUAUAAAUAUCAAAAGCCUGACAUUCAGAUAUUAAGAGUGGAAGAGAAAAUAUUCUUGAGGAUAGCUUUGUCCCCAACGCUAGGGCAUCAGUUACAUGCCAGACAUUUUUGUUUCAGCCUCCACUUUUCAAUAUUGAUUCAUGCAGCUUUGUAGAAGAAAAGUUCAGAGAGAAGGUGCAAAGUUCAUAAUGAAUGACUUUGCCUUCAUAUACAUAGAAAUUUCAAGAUGAAAAUGAAAAACGCUUGAAUUUCAACUUACAGUACUUCUUGUAGUAAACAGCAGAAUCAUGUUUGGAUGAUUAUGUUAACAUUUUGCUUUAACAAUAGCAUCACAUAAGAUGAGAUGGAAAAUCUGCCUUAAGAGAGUACCUUGUCUACUGUGCAAUCUGAUAUUUUCAACAAGUUAAUAUUUCUUCAGUGUUGGACGCGAGUAUGAAAAGUUCUAUUUCAGCAAAAAGGUGAGCAUUUUUCUUCAUUGUCCCAGAAAGAUUACAUUGGAAAGUGAAAUCAGUACAGAGGAUGACUCAGUAUAACCUUUCAUCAGAGUUCUCUCUCCAGAGCUCAGCAAAUAAGUCAUUAAAUUUUACCGAAACACCACUGGCUUUGGAUGAAAGGACACUGUUAGGGCUGAAGAUAUCCCUGUCAGUCCUUCUGUCUGUCAUAACUUUGGCAACGAUCCUUGCAAAUGUUUUUGUUGUUAUUACAAUUUUUAUGACUAGAAAGCUCCACACACCUGCAAAUUACCUCAUUGGCUCCUUGGCAGUGACUGAUCUUUUAGUGUCUGUUCUAGUGAUGCCCAUCAGUAUUGCUUACACUGUCACCCACACGUGGGCCUUUGGCCAAGUGUUGUGUGAUAUCUGGUUAUCGUCGGAUAUCACAUGCUGCACAGCCUCAAUCCUACAUCUCUGUGUUAUUGCACUGGACAGAUAUUGGGCUAUCACAGAUGCUUUGGAAUAUGCCAAACGCCGGACUGCUGGCCGAGCAGUGCUCAUGAUUGCUGUGGUCUGGAUGAUAUCUAUUAGUAUUUCUGUGCCACCAUUUUUCUGGAGGCAAGUGAAAACUCAUGAAGAAAUUGCAAAAUGUACAGUGAACACAGAUCAAAUUUCCUACACAAUUUAUUCCACAUGUGGAGCUUUCUACAUCCCAACUGUGCUUCUCCUAAUCUUGUAUGGUAGAAUUUAUGUAGCAGCUCGAUCAAGGAUUCUGAAGCCACCAUCAUUAUAUGGGAAACGAUUUACUACUGCACACCUGAUUACUGGCUCUGCUGGGUCUUCCCUCUGCUCCAUUAAUGCUGGCCUUCAUGAAGGGCAUUCCCAUUCAAGUGGAUCCCCAGUACUUAUCAAUCAUGUCAAAAUAAAACUUACAGAUAGUAUCCUUCAAAGGAAAAGAAUUUCUGCUGCAAGAGAAAGGAAAGCCACCAAAACUUUAGGCAUUAUUCUGGGAGCUUUCAUUUUCUGCUGGCUGCCAUUUUUUGUCAUGUCUCUUGUCCUACCAAUCUGUCAGGAUGCAUGUUGGUUUCAUCCCAUCCUACUGGACUUUUUUACAUGGUUAGGUUACUUAAACUCAUUAAUCAAUCCAGUCAUUUAUACAGCUUUUAAUGAAGAAUUUAAACAGGCUUUCCAAAAACUAAUACAUUUCAAAAAGUGCUUGUCUUGAUUCUCUCCUAUUGUGUUACUGACUCUUGUACAAUCUUGCAGCCUCCCGUGAGAUUUUCUGUGCUUUGAUUCCUAGGGUAUAGAGCAGUAACUGCCAUCUCUGCUGCCCUGUGCUGUGCAUGUAGCUGGGACCUUCUUGCCAAUUUGCUUCUUUCUGUCUGGAAUUCCAUGUAUCAUAAGAGAACUUGUCUGUCAUCUCUCCAGUGAUCAUUUGUAUACGUAAGAUCAACAUAUGAAGUAAGGUUUUUAACAAAUGAAAGACUGUGAAUCAGAAAGCUGAGUUUUGUUGAUGAGAUGGCACAUACUACCAAGUCUGGCAUACCUUUCUAACCUGAUGGGAGGAAAACGUGCAUAUUUGCAGGACUUCAGUAUUUCUGCUGUAUAUUAUUAGCAAUUUAUGUAGACUGAGAAAGUUUCUGGAGAACAGGAUCUGAUGCCUAUGUUUUCUUUAGCAUGUAUCCUAUCCAUUUGAAAUUGAUAAAACCAGUAACUUUUUCAGAAAACAUGUGACACAGCCUGGCUGUAAGCAGCAGGCACAAAGUCAUAGCAAGUAUGUAAGUUCUGUGGACACUUCACAAACAUAUUCAUUGAAGCUACACUUCCAGUAAACUGCAGAAAGAAGACAGUUUAUUUGAAAGCAUUUUUACACAUUUUAUCAUGAGUAGAAUAGCCAGUGCAGAAAUACUACAAAAUAAAUAGCAUGAAGAUUAUUGAAAAUUACCUUGAUUUUAUGUCUUUUUUUUUUUUUUUUUUUCUUUUUUCUUUUUUUUUCCCUACACCCGAUCUGAAACAAGAAAAUAUGUUUAGUACCAGUGUGGAAUGACUGGGGUAUCAGAAUGGAACCAGAAGUCUUACUCCUCAGUUCUAGUACAUAUUUAUUCCAUACACAUAGAAAAACAAAGCAGCGCUAAUUCAGCAAAGAAAGCUGAACAUUACUGUGUCUAAUCCAUGGGCACCCAGACUCCUUUAGGGAGCAACUAAGUGCUUAGGAGUGAGACAAUAAAAACCUACUUUUGUAAGUCUUCGUGAGAAUUGAAAAUCUUCAAAUGAUAUGUAGAAAAUGAGAAACCCUGGGAAAACAUUGAAAGAUGUGGGCAACUGAAGACUGAAGUGUUUAGAUAGGUAAAGGACAACUGCUAAGAGGAAGGAAAUAAUCAGUUCAACAUAUUCAUAGAAAGUAAGACAAGAAGACAGGGACGUAGAAGGGAGAGAAUUAAGUGAAAUGUCAAGAAAAACUUACUUAUAAAUUAAUGUUGUUGGACUAGAUAUGAAGUCACUAUUUCAGUAAGUCUUUGAGAACUUGCCAUAUAAACUUCUGUCAGAAAUCAUGACGUCAGGAUUCUCCUCUGGGGCAGUGGAAGUGGAGUAGGUCCCUUGUAACUUCUUUGUCUCUAGGAUUAUUUCCCGUUUUUGGAAGGUGGGAAGCUGGCACAUGGAGGAUUGCUCCAGGUCUUGGUUGAAGUCUCCGAAAGGACAGCACACUAAGUGCUGCAGCCCACGUUUCAUUAACCUUUUUAGCAUCACUGAUCAUGUUAUAGCAGAAAUAUCGUGCUCAUAAUGCAUAUCAGUAGCAUGCAUUGCUUUGAAAGAAUUAUCCCAUCAUCCUUCUGAUAGCUGUUCCAAUUCUCAGUCUGAUCAAAUUCAACUCCAUCAUCCACUGCCUUAGCCAUCCCAACACACUCCACCACAGGCCACAUCCAUCAAAGCAAUUCAGCCUCUCCUUUGCAUUUCUUUCACAGCCUUUUUCUUGUUGGUGGUGCCUCAGAUGAGAACUGCACCAUACAGUAACGUAGUGGAACAACCCACAUACUGCAGGAUCAGGCAGAGCAGUUAUGUAGAUGGCAGAAUUACAGUCCUCUCUAGUUACACACAAAGAGUUUAAUUGCCACCCUGCUUGGAGGAGCCUUUCCAUUUGGCAUUAACACAGCAAGGCAAGAUUCAUUUUAACAUGACCCAGCAAUGUUGCCAGCAGUGGCUAACCCCCCAGAACAAAGAGCACCUUGGAAAGUUUCCUGCAGUCAUAUAAGUACUACUAUGAGAAUGUCUGUGAUAUGACAUCCCCUCGUUCCCUCAGGAGUCCUUUCCAGUCUCCCACAAUGAUAGUCACACAGCCUGAAGUGUGUAUAAUCCCAGAAGUCACAGUAUCAGACUGUGUAGACUUUUUUUUUUGCUCUACAGGAAAAGGUUUCCUGUCAUGAAGACACUGCUUAUUUGUGUAACUAUUAAACUUCCCCUCCUCUUCCACAGAUGCCCUUCCUGUGUUGUCCAUCCUGCCUGCAUCGUGUGCUUUCUGGAUGGUUGUGUUCAAUCUGGCACAGUCUUGUGGACACAGGGAGAGCAGAAAAUACCAGGAGAUGUACAGAAAGUGAAGUACACAGCUUUAACUGCACAAACUUACCUGUUUUACAGCUUGAAAACAAAACAAAACAAAAAUAAAAUCAAACAACAACCACAACAAAAGAUACUACUAGGGCAAGAGGAUAAAAGGUAAAUCAAGAGUCAGGGUCAGAGCUGGAAGCCAGAGUGAAGGUCUUGGUUCCUUAGGGACUUCAAGGAGAGAGUCAAAUAUGUUUUUUCAGCAGCCCAUCUCACAAUCUGGCCAGCAUAAUCCUGACAUGUCCUGCUUUAUACCAGCAUCUGCUGAGAGCUACAGGCUUGGCUUGCCACAGAAUAGAAUAGAAUAGAAUAGAAUAGAACAGAACAGAAUCAGUUCAGUUGGAAGGGACCUACAAAGAUCAUCUGGUUCAACUGCCUGACCUCUUUAAGGCUAGCCAAAAGUUAAAGCAUAUCAUUGAGGGCAUUGUUGAAAUGUCUCCUGAACAUUGCAAGGCAUGGGGCACCAACCACCUCACUAGGAAGCCUGUUCCAGUGUUUGACCACACUCACAGUAAUGAAAUUUUUCCUCAUGCCCAGUCUGAACAUCUCCCGGUGCAGCUCUGUGCCAUUCCCAUGCAUCCUGUGAUCAGUUCCCAGGGAGAAGAGACUGGCAUCUCCCCCUGUGCUCCCCCUCCUCAGGGAGUUGCAGAGAGCAAGGAAGUCACCUCUUGGCCUCCUUUUCUCUAGACUAGAUAACCCAUGUGUCCUCAGCCUCUCCUCAUGAGACAUGCUUUCCAGCCCUUUUACCUGCUUUGUUGCCCUCCUCUAGUUGCUUUCAAGGACCUUAAUAUCCUAUUUCUAUUCUGGAUCGCAGAACUGUGUAAAAUAUUCAAGGUGAGGCCACAACAAUGCUAGCUGUAACAGGAGAAUCACCUCUUUUGACCAGCUGGCUAUGCUGUGUUUAAAAGUCAGUGAAAGUCAGUAUCACCCCAAAACCACCCCUAUGCCACCCCAAAAUCAGGUUUGCCUUCUUGACUGCCAGGGCACACUGCUGGCUCCCGUUGAGCCUGCUGUCAACCAGCACCCCCAGAUCCCUUUCAGCUGAGCUGCUCUCCAGACACUCAUCUCCUAAUUUGUACCUGUAUCUGUCCUCACGCCUUCCCAGGUGCAGCACCCAUCAUUUGCCUUUGUUGAACUUCAUUCUGUCGAUGAUUGUUCAGUGCUCCAAUCUACCUAGAUCCCUGUGCAAGAUGUCUUGUCCCUCUAGGGAGUCAACAGCACCUCUCAGGUUAGUAUCACCAGCAAAUUUACUAAGGAUGCACUCCACUCCUGCAUCCAGAUCAUUGAUAAAAAUGUUGAACAGGACUGGUCCUAGAGUUGAACCUUGGGGAACACUGCUGAUGACCAGCUGCCAGCCAGAUGUAACAUGAUUGACUAUGACCUUUUGAGCCCUACCAUUGAGUCAGUUCAUCACCCAGCAUAGCAUUACCCAGCUGUUUGUCUCACAGUUGGGCAAUUUGUCCAGAAGGAUGCUGUGAGGGAAAGUAUCAAAGACCUUACUAAAAUCCUGGAAGAUUACGUUCAUCCUAUUCCCUUCAUCCACCAAGUGGGUGACCUUAUCAUAAAAGGAGAUCAAAUUACUAAAAAAUUACUAUGCUUGGUAAUAGCUUUGUUCUUCAAAUGCCUUACAAUCUUCUCCAUAACUUUUUGAGGGACUGAGGUUUGACCAACAGGUCUGUAGUUUCCUGUCUCCAUGAGAGGUCUUCUCUCAUGCCCUUUUUGUUGGUGGUUGUAACACUGGCCAACUUACAGUCAGCAGGGACUUCCUCAGGCUCACCAGACCUUUGGUAAAUUGCAGAAAAGGAUCCAGCUAUAACAUCUGCUAACUCCUUCAAUACUCUGGCAUGAAUGGCUGUCAGGCCCCGUGAAUUUAUGAAUGCUGAGCUGAUAAAACAGUUCCCUUAGAAUUUUGGUGACGACAGAUGGAAAGUCACUGAUCCCUCAGACAUGGUCGUCCAACUCUGAGGACCGGACAGCCCAAGAUCUGCCGUAACUAUUAAAUGCUGACGCAAAAAAGGCAUUAAAUACUUCCACUUUCUCCUCAUCCUUAGCUGUUAGGUGACCAUCUGCUUCAAAUAUCAGUCCAUAUUUUCCUUUGACCUCUUGCUAUUGACAAACUUGAAAAAGCCUUUUUUAUUGUCUGAUGACUUCAUGUUGCCUAAGGCAGGGCUUGCCUUCAGACUGGUCUCUUAAUAACAACUAAUCCUGUUCCUACCUGAUGUUCCAAGGCAGCAUGCUAGCAGUGAGCCCUAAGGUCACAGUGUUCCUGAAAAAACUUGGCAGCAAAGCUGCCACUUGGUUGUCCAAGUAAUGCUGAAUUUUGGUCUGCAUUUCACUGAGGGAGCAUCUUCUACAGGGUCCUUCAGGUGUCCUGAUACCUGGUUCUAAACUUGAAAUCAAAGACUUGGAGUAGCUGAUGCCAACAUUUAAUUAGAAAUACUGAUAGAGGCAACGAUAGCAAUUGUAUCAGUCCUUGCUCAGAUCUGAGGACACACAACACACUACCAGAGUAAUUCACUUGGAAGGGACCUCUGGAGGUUGGUAAUCUAAGGUCCUGCUCCAAGCAGGGCCAGUUGUGACAUCAGAUGAGGUUACUGAGGGUUUUUUUCAGCCUUCCAAGAAAGAGGAUGUUGGGCAUCUUUAGGUAACUUGUUCCAGUGCUUGACUGUCCUCACAGUGAAAAAGAUUUUCCUUAUAUUGGAAGAUUGUCCUUAUAUGGACUGGCAAGUUUCCAGCAGAGGGCCACCGAGAUGAUCGAGACAUUGGAGCACCUCUCUUACAAGGAAAGGUGCAGAGAGCUGGGACUGUUCAUCCUGGAGAAGAGGAAGGUUAGAGGAGAUUUCAUCAAUGUGUAGAAGUACUUGAAGGGAGGGUGAAGAGGACAGAGAAGAGCCAGGAGCUACUGAUAUAUUAGGAACCGACAGUGAAAAACUGUUAAAGUCCUCAAAGUAUGUUCCUCUAAAAUGGUGACAGGGUUGAUAGUCCAACUGAAGUGUUUCUAUACUAAUGCACAUAGCUUUGGUAACAGACAGAAGAAGUUGGAAGCCUCUGUGCACUUAGAAAGCUAUGACCUAAUCACUAUCACUGAAACAUGGUGGGACACGAACCAUAUUGAAUGUACACAAGACUAUGGGACCCAACAAGAUGCAUCCCAGGGUCCUAAGGGAAUUGGCUGAUGUGGUUGCUAAACCAUUCUCCACAUCAUGUUUGAAAAGUCCUAGCUGUCAGGAGAGGUCCCCAGUGACUGGAGUAAAGGGAGUAUUGCAUCCCUUUUUAAAAAGGGUCACAAGGAGGAUCCUGGAAACUACCCACCAUUAAGUCUCACCUUGGUGCCUAGUAAGAUCAUGGAACAGAUCCUUCUGGAUGUCAUGCCAAAACAUAUGGAGGAUAGGAAGAUGAUUAGAGACAGACUGUAUGGCUUCACUAAGGGCAAAUCGUGCCUGACUGUGGUGGUUUCACCGUGCUGGGCAGCUAAACCCCACAACCGCUCUCUCACUCCCCCUCCUUUAGAUGAGGAGGGGGAGAAGUAAA